GCCGCACCAGACUGUAGACCCGCCUUGGCGGCAUUUGCACGGCAUUCCGGUUGAAAGCAAGCGACGGAUGAAAGCAGUGCACGGUAACAGCAGGGGCCGCAGUGGCAGCUGAAGAAGAAGAAGCAAAACAUGGAGAAUAGAAACGUUGUCGUCUGCGACAAUGGCACCGGGUACGUCAAGUGUGGUUUUUCCGGGGAGAACUUCCCCACCUCUGUAUUUCCUUGCGUGGUGGGGAGGCCGAUGCUUCGGUACGAAGAAUCACUAACUGAACAAGAGCUGAAGGACAUUGUUGUUGGGGAAGCUUGUGCGGAUUUGCGACAUCAGCUUGAUAUAUCUUAUCCUGUCAAUAACGGAAUUGUGCAAAACUGGGACGAUAUGUGUCAUGUGUGGGACCAUGCGUUUUACAAUGAAUUAAAAAUUAAUCCACCAGACUGUAAGAUUCUACUCACAGAUCCUCCACUUAAUCCUUCAAAGAAUCGUGAAAAAAUGGUUGAGAUGAUGUUCGAGAAGUACAAUUUUGCUGGAGUAUUCAUCCAAAUCCAAGCUGUUCUAACAUUAUAUGCUCAAGGGCUCCUGACUGGACUAGUUAUUGACUCUGGUGAUGGUGUCACACAUGUGGUUCCUGUUGUUGAUGGCUAUUCAUUCCCACAUCUUACAAAGCGAAUGAAUGUAGCUGGCCGGCAUAUAACAUCAUAUCUUGUUGACUUGCUUUCAAGGAGGGGGUAUGCAAUGAAUAGGAAUGCUGAUUUUGAGACUGUAAGGGAGAUCAAAGAGAAGCUGUGCUACAUAAGUUAUGACUACAAGAGGGAAUACCAGCUGGGGCUUGAGACCACGAUACUUGUUAAGAAUUAUACUCUUCCAGAUGGAAGGGUGAUUAAAGUAGGAACUGAAAGGUUCCAGGCUCCUGAGGCUCUGUUCACUCCAGAGCUUAUUGACGUUGAAGGGGAUGGAAUGGCUGAUAUGGUUUUCCGUUGCAUCCAGGAAAUGGAUAUUGACAACCGGAUGAUGCUAUACCAGCAUAUAGUUCUGAGUGGAGGGAGCACAAUGUAUCCUGGAUUACCAAGCCGACUGGAAAAAGAAAUAAUGGAUCGUUAUCUGGAUGUUGUUCUGAAGGGCAACCGGGAUGGUUUGAAGAAACUUCGGUUACGAAUUGAGGAUCCACCACGAAGGAAGCACAUGGUAUAUCUUGGAGGAGCUGUCCUUGCUGGAAUCAUGAAGGAUGCACCUGAGUUUUGGAUUAACAGGGAAGACUAUCUGGAAGAAGGAGUUGCUUGUCUAAGCAGGUGUGGCCAGGCAUGACUUUAUGAAGUCCGUUACCCUCUCAAAUUUGGAGGACCUUUUUCGGAAUCAAAAAUACACUCAGGGUGAAUGGUGAACAUUUCAAAGUUGUUAAAACUACUCCAAUAACGUCAUACAUCAAUUGCUGCCCUGCAUAGCUGUCCCCAGAGCUCUUGGAGGCUGUAAUUUUGACUCGUGAUAGUCUAUGCAUUCAUGCUUCUUGAUCGAUGGGACAAAAGAAUCUUGUAUCCUCUUGUUUUCGGGACAGAGCUGCUGUAAAUUAAUUUGUUGCCCUAGAAAUGAUUAGUAAAGAACAAUUUAUUUGUGUAUUUUGAAAAUGUUCUUUGUUUGUUUUACUACUUCCUAGAGAUUCCAACAUUUGCAAGUUGAGAAUAGCCAAGCAAAAUGUUAUAGUAAUUUCUAAUUUUCUUCACGCA